GGAAAGGGAGGCUGACUCCUCUGCUUAGCCUCUUAAGUUUUCGGACACGUUUAGCCUAUCCAAAGAUGGACUAAACUACUCAUUAUGAUCCGGCGACUUUCUUAUGGGAUGUUAAGGAGGCCACUGUAAGAAAGGAGAAGGAAUUUGGGGAAUUCAUCACUCUACAGGCUCUUCCUGGAAGAAGAGGGAGAUGGGGGCUGGAGCAAUCUGUCACAGCAAGGCAGCGGUCCAGAUCAAGGAGGACAUGAAGUGGAUGGCGCAGCUGCCCAUGAACAAACCCUCUCCGGCCACCGUCACAGGGGGGAAGAAGAUCUUCGGCGUGUCCCUGCUGGAGUUGAGAGAUCUGGGACUUGUCAAGGACGGGGUUCCUGUGGUUGUCCGGAGUAUGGUGGAGUAUCUGGAAAAGCAUAGUCUUCGUCUGGAGGGUCUGUUCAGAGUAAACGGCAGCAUUCGGACCGUGGAUAACUUGCGGCAGAGGUUUGAUGGUGGAGAAGAGGUUGAUCUACAUCAGGAUGCAGACGCCUUUGCUGUAGCCAGUUUACUGAAGCAGUUCUUGAGGGAUCUACCUGAAGCUCUCAUCCAUCCCUCCAUCCACAAUCCUCUCAUUCAGCUGUACCAGGAAUCCAGUGAGGGUGAUUUCUGUAAGGACCUGCGUAAGCUCCUACUCCAGCUGCCAGAUAUCCACUACAGUCUCCUGCAUUACUUAUGUCACUUCCUGUCCCAGGUGGAACAGGAACAGGCUCAUAACCGCAUGACCGCCACCAACCUGGCCACAGUGUUCGGGCCCAACGUCUUCCAUGUGUCAUCUGGUUUUGACGGUAUACGGGAGCAGAAUAUCUGUAACAACAUUAUGGCCAAGCUGAUCCAGAACUGCAGCGCCAUCUUUAAGCCUGUGGUGGAGAGAAGACAGAUCGAAGAAAAACCUUCAAACCUCAUCAUGGUCAAAGUGAGUGAGGCCAACACAAACACCGAAAGCACAGAGACGUCACCUUUCACUCCUGUUCCUAAGGCACACACUCCACAUGUCAAGAAGAUGAAGGUCACACAAUGCACUCCAGUUGAAAAUACAGAUUAUUCAAGAGAAAAGGAGUCAAGUCCAGACAACUCUAUACUGACACCAAGAAAAAAGACGGUGAAGAAGAUAAAGACAGAGGCUGUGCCGAGAUCUUUUCCUCAACCGGCUCCCUCCGGUGAUCCCGUCUCCAGGCCUCUGCCCCAUCUUCCAGACAGAAGCUCGGGUGCUAGUGCUCGGUUUCCUCCACACACUCCAGACCAGAGCAUCAGCUCAAGUGUUGACGGCAUGAACCCGAGUCCUCAGACCGUAAGCCCUGCCAGAUCCACAGAGAUCAGCCUCCAAGAAGAUGGAAGACCAAUAUCUCCUUUCUAUAUUAGCUCACAGAUCUCUCCUGGACACUGCAGACCUGAAUUAACAACUUUUCUGGAGAAGACCAUUCGCUCAGCGGUCGAGCAACACCUCUUCAACUCGCACAUGCCCACAGGUCAGAGUUCAGAGGGCUUGGAUCCGACUGCCCACUCUUCAUCUCCUGUGACAACAGCCCGAGAGAGGAGGAGACAUCUACGAGAACAAGAGGAGAACUUCAGGGUCGAGGGUGAUAAAGAGAACGUCCCGUCUCCAGGUGUGAGGGUCACAGAGGAGGGUGACGGGCGUCUGCUGCUGCCGCCACGUGAGGCUCAGAGAAACAGGAAACCCAAACACAGUCCCACACUGACUGAGCACUCAGACAACCGGGAUGCCCCCACCCCAAUGGAAUGCCAAGGGCCUGAUAGAAAUGCUACUGAAAAUAUGGCGUCAGCUGAUUACAGAGGGAAGCAUCAAAAGGACUAUGGCUUUCAUUCUAUUCAGACGCCUGCCAUGAAGAUCCAGGAGGCUCUUAGUGGCGCAGAGCCGUGCAAUGAUGUCCCUCGACUUGACCUGUCUACUCUGACGGACGACAGUAACUGGGCAGAACCAGUCCCGGCCUACUCGUCUUGGCAAAAGGAGAGUAUGGAGCGCGAGGAGGCUCAUCUGUCACCCCAUGCCGGUGGCAAGCUGAUUCGCCAGCUCCUGGAGGAGGACAGCGACCCAAUGGUCUCGCCGCGGUUCUACGCUUAUGGAGACAGUCAGCAGUAUCUGGAUGACACUGAGGUUCCUCCAUCUCCACCAAAUGCCCACUCGUUUGUCAGUAGGCGAAGAAGCUCAUCGUUAGGCUCCUGCGACGAUGACCGGGAAGAGCUCACUUCAGCCCAGCUUUCAAAGCGGAUCCAUGUACUCAAGAAGAAGAUCAGGAGGUUUGAGGAGAAGUUUGAAGAGGAGCGCAAAUACAGGCCUUCACACGGCGACAAAGCCGCCAAUCCAGAGGUUCUGCGGUGGAUGAAUGAACUGGCCAAGAUGCGCAAAGACUCAAAAGAUCACAAGUUGCUUAAGUCAGAAGAGGAUUUGACGCCCAUCCCCCGCCAGCGCAGCAACACUCUUCCCAAGAGCUUUGGAUCUCAGCUGGAGAAGAAACCCACUGAGACCAAAGCCCCCAAACCCCCUGUGGAGUGCACGCUAGAAGCAGUUAUGAACAAUCUGCAGGAGAAACGCAAGGAGGCUGGCCGACCUGAAGACAUUAAGGACAUGACCCGUGAGCAGAUAGGAGCAGAAAAAGUGGCCCUUCAGAAAACUCUUUUAUAUUAUGAGAGCAUCCACGGGAGGCCAAUCACCAAGAACGAGAGGCAGGCCAUGAAGCCUCUAUACGACCGGUACCGACUCAUCAAACAGAUUCUCUGCAGAGCAUCUGCCAUUCCAGUCAUUGGCUCGCCUUCCAGCAAGCGCAGAGGCCCCCUGCUGCAGCCCAUUAUCGAGGGUGUACCAGCCCUAUUCUUCAGCGACACCAAGGAGGAGGAGGACGGCUCGGACGAUGACAGUGAUACCAGGACACAGUUCACGGUCACGGUUAAGCCGGAACUGACCAUGUUGGAACUUCUCGACCAGCUGGAUGAGGACACAGAUGGUUUCAUCUCACCUGUUGAUGAACUAUCGCCCUCCAAGAACACCACAGACAUGAGAUUGUCCAAUUUGCAUGCUGCUACCAUGCAGGAACUCGUGGAGCAACUCCAGGAAGCCCGUGAAGAAAAGAAAAGAAUCUGCAAAAACCUCCGUGAUUUUGAGGAUCAGUUCUUCAAACAGAACGGCAGAAACGUGCAAAAGGAAGAUCGCUCACCCUUGGCUGGAGAAUACAAUGAAUACAAGCACAUUAAAGCCAAGCUAAGGCUGUUGGAAGUGCUCAUCAGUAAAAGAGACUCUUCUAAGUUCAUCUAGUGCUCAGCUGGGAUUUACUUUACUAGCCAAACAAGGACCAGCCAUUGCUAUCCAAAGCAAUAUAAUGUGUACAAAGACAUGUUCCUCUGUUAUUGACUCAUUACAGGCACAUUUGGCUUUGAAGGACGCCAAGACAUGCCUAGUUCACCUUUAGCAGAUGUACAGUGCUGUUUGUUCUACUGUACAGCAAAAAGGACUUGUGUUCUGCUUUGGACUGCUUUUUUUGCAUCUGCUAUGAGACUGGAUUUCAGAAAACAAUCAGAUUACUUGUGAAUCUCUGAUCUUAAUUCCCAUUGAAGUCCAGAAGAACAUUUCUGUUAUGUUAUGUUGUAUUAUACGACAUUUCGUUUCAAAUUUUAGAUUUUUUUCUACAUUAAUAUUGCUGUAAUAUAGAAACAACUGUUUUCGCAAUCAGACAUAAGCUUUGAAGAACAUUGAGAUAAUGCGUCUUAAAUUGUCUGUGUAUAGAGAUGAGGAGAGUUUAUCAUUAUAGGAAUUUGUCGUAUUUGAUGAAUUGAAGAAUGUAACCAAUUUGUGGAAGGAAGGCUCUCUGUAUAUUAGUUUUCAUUAUUUACUGGUGCCAUAAUUGUUUAUUUUGAACAUUAAUGCUUCUGAGAAAAUCCCCCCCACACCACUAAGACCAUUGACUAAGCUAGAAUUUACUUCGGUUAUUUUCUUUACGAAAGAAAAAAAUGUGCAAAUGAACGACCAUAAGAAAUCUGCCAUUCUCUAAUGUAGAAACGUACAAACAAAGGUACUAUAAUCCAGCUUUCAUUGUUCUUUUUGUAGUGUUUUUUUGUACUCUAGUGUCUUACUGGUCAUCAAAUGAAACUCACUGUUUAACAGUGAUGUGGGUGGAUUGAAUCCUCAAAACCAUCUCUAUUGUUAGCGAGCAAUAGAAAACAAAACUGGGGCCUCACUGAGCGUUUAUGCCUCGUGAACGCAGAUACAAACAGAGCGAGCACAUCACCCCUAUCUCUUAUUCUCCAGAUUGGAAAAUUUUAGUGUGACCUUUGUUUUUACUGAACAUGACAAGACUGAUGGAUAAAGAUGAAUACUGUGUGUACAUUUUAGUACAUGAUUGUAUUUGUAUUUUGUAUAUAUGAUAUAAAACCAAACUAUUUUUUCU